AUGAAAGCUUUAGCUGAAGAGUAUUUGGAGGAAUUAGCUAUUGAGGUCUCUCUUCAACAUGCCCUAACAGUUGAUAGAGAGACUCAAUUGAUAGAAGAUGAGGAGAGUGCAAGGUAUGUAAGGAUGCUAGACUGCCACAAGAAGAAAAGUGGAGAAUACAAUUUCAUAGAGCUUCCACAAGAAGUUCAUCAUGCUGCCUCGGUUGAUCAACAAGAGAACUUCCAAGAAGAUGAUUGGAGUGAACUCAAAGCACCAAAAGUGGAGCUUAAAACUCUUCCCCUUGGUGUAAGAUAUGCAUUUCUUGGACUUAAUGAGACAUAUCCUAUCAUUGUGAGUAGUGAACUGAAUGAAACUGAAUUGUCUACACUUUUGAAUGAACUUAAAAAAAGGUUGAACCCCAACUUAAAAGAUGUUGUUAAGAAAAAUAUUCUAAAACUCCUAGAUGCAGGUGUAAUAUAUCCUAUUUCAGAUAGCAAAUGGGUGUCUCCUGUGUAUGUUGUCCCAAAGAAAGGUGGAGUUACUGUGGUUAAAAAUGAUAAGGAUGAACUAAUACCAACAAGAACAAUAACAGGACAUAAGAUGUGCAUAGAUUAUAGAAAACUUAACUCAGCAUCUAGAAAGAAUCAUUUUCCAUUGCCAUUCAUUGAUCAAAUGCUAGAGAGACUUGCAAAUCAUUCCUAUUAUUGUUUUCUUGAUGGGUAUUCAGGGUUCUUUCAAAUUUCCAUACAUCCAAAUGAUCAAGAGAAAACAACAUUCACAUGCCCUUAUGGUACCUUUGCUUAUCGAAGGAUGUCAUUUGGGCUAUGUAAUGCUCCAGCUACUUUCCAAAGAUGCAUGAUGUCUAUUUUCUCUGAUCUUAUAGAGGAUGUUGUGGAGGUGUUCAUGGAUGACUUCUCUGUCUACGGAUCUUUAUUUUCUGCUUGUUUGUCCAAUCUUUGCAGGGUCCUAAAGAGAUGUGAGGACACCAACCUUGUGCUGAACUGGGAGAAGUAUCACUUCAUGGUUAAGGAAGGGAUUGUGCUUGGACAUAAGAUUUCAGGGAAGGGGAUUGAGGUGUACAAGGCCAAGAUUGAUGUGAUGGUUGGGUUAGCUCCGCCAAAGACGGUGAAAGACAUUAGAAGCUUCCUUGGUCAUGCCAGAUUCUAUAAAAGAUUCAUCAAAGACUUCUCCUUGGUAGCUAGACCAUUGACUAAGCUUCUAUGCAAGGAAGCUGCUUUCAACUUUGAUGUGGAGUGUCUUGGAGCAUUCAAGACAUUGAAGGAUAAGCUGGUUAGUGCCCCAAUUGUGAAGCCACCAGAUUGGGAUCUUCCCUUUGAGAUCAUGUGUGAUGCUAGUGACUAUGAUGUGGGAGCUGUCCUUGGUCAGAAGAAAGACAAGAAGACUCAUGUGAUCUACUAUGCAAGUAGAACUCUUGAUGAAGCCCAAAUGAAGUAUGCUACAACUGAGAAGGAGCUGUUAGCCAUUGUCUAUGCCUUUGAGAAGUUCAGAAGCUAUUUGGUUGGGUCAAAAGUCAUAGUCUACACUGAUCAUGCUGCAUUGAGACACCUUUUGGCCAAGAAGGAUGCUAAACCAAGACUGUUGAGGUGGAUCCUACUGCUACAAGAGUUUGACCUUGAGAUCAAAGACAAGCCAGGAGUUGAGAAUGGUGUCUUGUCUAUACUGAAGGUUGAGUGUGGGAUCCCCAUUGAUGAAGGGUUUCCAGAAGAACAAAUAAUGGCUAUUAGAGCAGUAGUUGCAGUUUGUGAAACAGGAAAGAAGCUUGAAGAGGUGAAGGCAAUUGAAGAAAAAUGUCCUUGGUAUGCUGAUUUGGUGAACUACUUAGCUUGUGGAAGAGAGCCAUUGGGUCUUGAGGGAUAUGCCAAGAAGAAUUUCUACAAAGAUGUGAAGAGAUACUAUUGGGAUGAGCCUUACCUCUACAUACUUUGUAGGGAUCAACUUUAUAGAAGAGUAGUAGCCAAAGAAGAGACAAGUGGGCAAGUUAAGAUCUCCAACAGGGAAAUCAAAUCUAUCCUAGAGAAGAUUGUGGGAACUAAAAGAAAAGAUUGGUCUGACAAGCUUGAUGAUGCGCUUUGGGCUUAUAGGAUGGCUUACAAGACUCCUUUGGGAACAGCACCUUUCAACCUUGUGUAUGGAAAGGCUUGUCAUCUACCAGUUGAGCUUGAGUACAAGGCAUUAUGGGCUAUUAAGUUGCUGAAUUUUGACAUCAAGAGUGCCAAGGAGAAGAGACUUCUCCAACUCAAUGAGCUUGAUGAGAUUAGACUUGAUGCUUUUGAGAACUCAAGGAUCUACAAGGAGAAAACCAAAGCUUUUCAUGACAAGAAGAUCUUGAAGAGAGAGUUCAGUGCUGGAGAUCAAGUGCUUCUCUACAAUUCUAGACUGAACUUGUUUCCCGGGAAGCUCAAAUCAAGAUGGUCCGGUCCUUUCAAGAUCAAAGAAGUAAGGCCAUAUGGGGCAAUUGUGUUAUGGAACAAAGAUGGUGGAGACUUUACAUUCAAUGAACAGAGGGCAAUGAUAAAAACAACAGGUGCUUUACCAAAGAAGUUUGGUCCACCAAAGAAAGGUUCAAUAGAUGUGGGAGAUGCAAGCACUUCGAAUAACAAGAAUGAGCAAGCUCAAGCAAAGAAGAAGGUUGAUAAGGGAAAGGAUGUGGUUAUUGAGGCUGAGGAAUCUGAUCAUAGCUCGAGCGGAAGUAAGGGGCAGAUUCAAGCUAAGAAGAGGAAGAGAGUAGCUACAAAGCCAACUGUCAAAGCACCAUCAGCCACCGCAAUCAACAACAAACUUAGAGCCAUGGAGCUUCAGCCCUCUCUAUUUGUUGAUGAGGAAAUACUUGAGAAGUUGGGGAUUCUCUCCGAUGUGCAGAUUCUUCUUGGGAACAUGGGACUUUGGAAAAUGAUGUCUACAUGCCAAAGAGGAUACCCGGUACCAGCCUGUCAAUUCCUAUCAACCCUUGAAGCCACAUUCCACAUCUCUCAUGAUCCACAUGAAACGGAGGGUCAUGGCUUUAUCACUUUCAAGGUGGAUAGAAAGUCUUACAAGAUGGCCACACAAGAAAUGUCCUUGAAGAUUUCAAGGAAGAAGAAGCAGCCAGAUGAUGAUUCUACUCAGUCCGAAGAUGUUGAGCAGCCUCCUCCGAGCACGGUUUAUGGGAGUUCCCGUUACUACUUUGAGCCGCUAACAACUCCUCUCCCUUCCGGUCCACUUCGAGAUGCCCACAACCAGAUCCGAGCACUUCAGCAAGGUCAAAAGUAUCAAGAUAGGACCAUCUCAAGGCUAGUAAAAUCAGUAAACUACUUAGCGGGAAAGCUGAAGAAGUUGACCAUGCAGACAAGGAGAUCCCAUGCUUCCACAACAGAAGCAAGUGAGGAGGAAAUCCGGGAUGACAUGCAAACAGAAGCGACUGAGCCGGUACAAGAUCACCGACAUUCUUAUCAUGGAGAUACUACUGCCACUCAGUCCUACUAUGAGGCACCUCGCUCAUCAGUCCGCGAACCACGUGAGCGCAGAAACCGACGCCAAAGGCAUCCAGUCCCUUCACUACCUUCUCCGGACACUGACAACGAGUCGCCUUUCGUCCCUACCUCGGACACAGAUGAGCAGCUCGGUCACCCCGAGCCACGAGGUUUGGGCAAGAUAAGUGGACAAGAUGGAGUGAAACUGGUGAAACGCGGGUGUGCAUUGCGGACAAAGGCGGCCCGCAGAUUUCGGUCCGAGAAGGUCAUUUGGCACGGACAAACCGCGGACAUGCAGCGCGGCCUGAUGGUGUCCGCGGCACGAGCCAUGCUGAAGAGCGCGGCCAUACAACGCGGGCUCGUCCUGUCCGCGGAAAACGACCAGAGACACGAUGUUCUGAGACGACGAACCGCGGCCAUGCAACGCGGCUGGGAGCUGUCCGCGGUGAUAGGCGAUGACAAGGGACGCGGGCGAUGGCGCGGGUCGAGGCAGGGCCCGGGCACGAUGUUCUGA